AUGAGUUACUUUUUGAAAUAUGUCGAAAUUGAUAAUUUCAAAUCGUACAAAGGACAUAUUGUCAUCGGCCCAUUACGAAAAUUCACAGCUAUUAUUGGACCAAAUGGAUCUGGCAAAUCCAAUCUUAUGGAUGCUAUAAGUUUUGUUUUGGGUGAACCAACAAAAAGUUUACGUGUUCGAAAAUUAUCAGAAUUAAUUCAUGGUGCACCAAUCAAUAAACCCGUUAGUACACGUGCAUCUGUUUCAUUAAUAUUUGUUACAAUAAAAGCUGAUCGCCAUGGUGAACGUACUGAACAUGAAAAACGUUUUCAACGUUUAAUCGUCGGUAAUGCAUCUGAAUAUCGUGUUGAUGGACGUCAACUAUCAGCCACUGAAUAUACUGAAGAACUUGAAAAUAUGGGUAUUAUACCCAAAGCAAAAAACUUCCUUAUUUUCCAAGGACAAGUUGAAUCUAUUGCUAUGAAAACACCCAAAGAAUUUACUGCUAUGUUCGAAGAAUUAAGUCGUAGCGGAGAAUUAAAAGAAGAAUAUGAACAAGCAAAACAAGAAAAAAAUAAAGCUGAACAAGAUACACAUGCAAAUUUUCAAAAGAAGAAAGGUGUUGAAAAGCAGAAAAAAGAAGUUCGAUUAGAGAAAGAAGUUGCACAAAAAUAUGCUGCUUUGAAAACACAAUAUGAUGAACUGCAAUUACAAUUAAAAUUAUUUCAAUUGUAUCAUAAUAAACAAGAAUUAACGGAAAAACGUGAAAUAGCCGAUAAGAAACGAGACGAAGUUGCAAAAUUAGAAAAACGAAAAGAAAUAUCAGAUGAAGAAAUCAAAGCAAAAAAGAAAGAACUAGCUGCUUAUAAUAAAGAAUUAGCAAAUGAUGAACAAAAAGUUAAAGAAUUGGAAGCACAAAUCAAUAAAAAUCGUCCAACUUAUAUCAAAGCAAAGGAAAACUCUACUCAUCAUCAGAAAAAACUCGAUCUUGCAAGAAAAACUCUUCUUGCAGCUGAAAAAUCUCAUAGUGCUCAUAAUGAUGAAAUUGAAAAAUAUGAUGAUGAUUUACGUGAAGUCGAACGAUUACGAAAAGAAUAUGAAGAUAAGCUACAAGAUGAAUCUCAACAUACUGGUCGGAAUUUAGCAUUAGAAGAAAAUCAAAUGAAAGAAUAUCGACGUUUAAAAGAAGAAGCAGCGAAAAAAAUGACUCAAUUCUCUGAAGAAUACGAUUCAAUUGAUCGUCAACAACAAGUCGAUAAAACAAAUGUUGAACAAGAACAACGAAGCCAAAAAGAUCAUGAAGCUCGUAUAAAACAAACGGAAUCACGUAUAGAAGAAUUGAAUGGAAAAAUCGAUAAGUUGGGUGGUUAUAUUGCUGAUCUCGAACGAGAAUUCAAUGAAAAACAAACAAAUGUACAAUUACUCGAACGUGAAGUUUCUGAAGGUCGAAAACGUUGUGGGGAACUUGAAGAAGAACUUGAUCAAGUUAAUAAAGAAAUUGGUGAAGCUCGUUCAGAUCGAAAUGAAACAAGUCGAGCACAACGACGAGCUGAACUUAUUGAAAAUCUUAAACAAUUUCCAGGAGUGUACGGUCGUUUGAUUGAUCUAUGUGAACCCACUCAUAAACGUUUUCAAAUGGCCAUAACAAAAGUUCUUGGUCGCAAUAUGGAUUCUAUUGUUGUUGAACGUGAAACAACUGUUCAAUCGUGUUUACGUUAUAUGAAAGAACAUCGUUAUGAACCGGAGACAUUUUUACCACUUGAUUAUAUUAAAGUAACACCAGUUAAUGAACAGCUUCGAGAAUUACAAGAACCGAAAAAUGUUAAACUUGUUCUCGAUGUGAUCAAAUAUGAUAAACAAUAUUACAAAGCAUUACUUUAUGCUUGUGGUAAUGCACUUGUUUGUGAUAGUGACGACGAUGCUCGAAGACUUGCCUAUGAAAGUGGACAUCACAAAAAUAAAGUUGUUUCAUUAAAUGGAACACUCUUCAGUAAAUCUGGUGUUAUUUCAGGUGGAUCAAGCGAAUUGAAAGCUCGAGCUAAACGUUGGGACGAAAAACAUCUUGAUGCAUUACGUUUACGUAAAGAUAAAUUAUUUGACGAAUAUAAAGAACAACAAAAGAAGAAACGACGUGAAGCAGAAUUAAUUAAUGCACGUGCACAGUUACAACAGCUUGAAAGUCGUUUACGCUAUUCAAGAACCGAUAAAGAAACAGCUGAAAAGAAACAAAGGAUUUUAAUCGAAAAAGAUCUUGUUGAUUUCAAAGAUAAACUUGCUACCUAUGAGCCGAAGGUUACUGCAUUACAAGUCACAAUCGAUGAACGUGAAAAACGUAUAUCGAAAUUACGGUUGCAAAAAAAUAAAAUUGAAGACGCUAUAUUUGCUGAGUUUUGUAAACAUAUUCAUGUAUCCAAUAUUCGUGUUUAUGAAGAUCGAGAAUUGCAAGCCGCUGAAAAACGAGCUCAAGAACGUCUUGAAUUCGAAAAUCAAAUAACUAAAAUUCAAACAAUGCUUGAUUUCGAACGUACUCGUGACACAGCUGGUCAUGCUGAGCAAGUUCGAAAAGAAGUUUCAAACUUAGAAGAAGCAUUACAAAGAUGCCAAAAGAACGAAAAAAAAUAUCGUAAAGUUAUCGAAGAUCUUCAACAUGAAAUCGCCGAAGUAAAAGAUCGUUUGCUUGAUCAAAAGAAAAAAAUUGAAUUUCAAGAACGUGAAAUAACCGAUUGUACAAAACGUGCAGCACAAUUAAAUAAAGAUUUUAAUGAACAACGAAAACGUUUGCAACUCAUUGAAAGUGAUAUUGAAAAAUUACGUAUGGAUCGUCAUAAUUAUUUUCGUAUAGCUAAGCUUACUGAAAUAGCCUUACCAUUCCGUGGCAAUGCUGGUUCUAUGGCAGCAAUAUCACUUGCUGAAACAUCUUCAUCCGAUGAUGCUAAUGCUCAAGUGCAAGGAAAUUCUUCGUCCACAAUGUUAAUGAGUCAAUCGACGACGACUACAGACUUGUCGACGGUAUCGAACGGCGAUGGUAAUAAUUCAAGCCAAUACGAUUCAAAACAAAUCUACGAUAUGGAAGAUAAAUUUGAGCUGAAUUAUAAACGUUUACGUGACGAUUUGAAAAAAAUUAAUUAUGAACAAGUUGAUAAAGAAGAAAAAUUAUUAAUUAAACAAAUGGCCGAUAUUGAAGCUCAAUUACAAAAACAUUUGCCACAGACAUCAGCUAUUGAUGCACGUUCACGUGAAGUUAAAACAACAUUCGAAUUGACCAAUGCAGAAUUCGAACGUGCUCGUAAUGCUGCUAAACGUGCAAGACAAGCUUUUGAAAAAAUAAAAAAAGAACGAUACGAUCGGUUCAAUGCACUUUAUGAACAUGUUUCUACAUGUAUUGAUGAUAUUUAUAAAUCGUUGACAAAUUCACAAGCUGCUGUUGCAUGUUUAACAGCUGAAGAUGCUGAAGAACCCUAUAAAGGUGGUAUUACAUACAAUUGUGUGGCGCCUGGUAAACGUUUUCAAGCUAUGGAAAAUUUAUCUGGUGGAGAAAAAACUGUUGCAGCUAUUUGCCUUUUAUUUGCUUUGAGAAGUUUUAAACCAGCUCCAUUCUUUUUGCUCGAUGAAGUUGAUGCUGCUCUUGAUAAUACAAAUAUUGGUAAAGUAGCUGAUUUUAUUCGUGAACAAUCAGCAUCUGAAUUUCAAUGUAUUGUUAUUUCACUCAAAGAGCAAUUUUAUUCACGUGCUGAUGCACUUGUUGGUAUCUAUCCCGAGCCCGGCGAUUGCAUUACUAGUCAUUGUCUUACAUUAGAUUUAAAUCAAUUUGACGAACGAGAAAAUGUUGCAAAUACACGUGGAUAA